CAGACGUAGCAAUUAGCCACUCCGACGUUCGAAACCAUCAUUGGCGGAUCAGCGAGGCGUAAACUGCUUAACACGAGGAGCCACGAGAAAUGUUACUUUCGUUUUUCGCGGGGAAAUCGUGUUUGGCCGAGCAACGGUUGCAUGAGCUGCAGGAAAAGUGUCGUAAGGGUACGUAUGCACGACGGUGGAACGAACAGGUUGGCAGGAAGAAUUGAACGAAUUCGUUAGAGGCGACGAACAAGUCACCGAGAAUAUUUAAAAAGCAAGAAAAUAGCCAACUUUACGCAAAUAACCAACUCUGGCAUUGGAUACCGGCCAGGGAAAACCGGCAGCGUCUAUUAGUAUUCCCCAUGACGCUCGAUGAGCAAGAAUUCAGCUUCCAAGAAGAGCACGUCGAUGCACGAGCAUAAUUGCAUGCAGGAAAGCUGGUACACGGAAGGUGUACUUUCACGUGCACGAAUCAUUGCACGCAAUUUGUUGAUUCAGCGUUUCACGAAAAGCAUCGAUGCAGCGAGAGAGAAGACUGCGCCAUUGAAUCAAGGAGAAGCUCAUUAUAGAAUAGGAAAAGAGGAACGCACGGAUAUCCUUUGGACCGUACGAUGAAACGUUCACUGUAUUACGUGAUAAUUCAUUAACGAGGGAACUCUGAUAUUCUGUUUUUGUACAAAUUUGUAAAUAUCGCGUAUUCUGUAUCGUGUAAAGCGGACACUCAUAACGCAUCAGAGUUUCCUUAUGACGGUAGCUGAAACUCGCGUUUGUUUACAUGGAAGAAGUAGCAUCGCGAGCGUGCUCGAGUAGAGAUUUUGCAACGUAUCGAAAUUAACGAGGAAGACCCAGCGAAUUUCUUGGGUAUUACCAACAUUGGUCUGUCAUUAGGCAAUUGUUAAUUAUCGAGAUUGCGAUAUUUAUGAUCGCAGAAAGCGACGAAUCCUUAUUGAAAACAUGGCAACGGAGAGAGAGGAAGCAGUACCAGGAUCACCUUGGUACGCGAAAUUCUUCGAGUACUGGAGGAACAGAAAUCGAGUGGGCCCAGGCAAGGUGGAGCUUCCCGACUGCGACUUCUUCAUCGUGGGACCAAGACGCACUCUGAGGAUCCUGAAACCGACUUUGAAGAGAUACUACGAGAACACCAACGACAGGCCCGAAUCCAUCAUCGACAAUUUCUUCACUCGUUGGUCCAGGAGACCUCACUCUUCGGGCAACUGUAGAUGCUCCUUUCGACAGUCGAAACGAGUGAGCACAGCCGAGGAACAGAUCAUCUCCGACGAGCUGAACAGGAUCAGAACGAGCCUCUGCGAGGCGGACAAGAACGAGCGUGCGAUCGAGGAGCUCGAGCAAAGAGUAUCGGUGAAUUUGCAGAAGCUGCAGGUUCCUGGGCCAGAGAACGAGCCUGCCAAGGUGGAGGAUAAGAGUCUCACUGGGACAAACGUGAUCGACGGUGUGAGUAACGAUCAACAGGCAGAGGAGCAAACGAUCAAGAACAAAAUCGUGAAGGAUUUGGAGAAAUACAUCAACGUGUUACUGGAAGAGAUACUGGAUGACACUGUGAAGUACGUAGCAGGCGCAAACGACACUCUCGUGAAGGAUGUAAAGGGUCCCAAAAAUAGGGACUGUCGUUCGUCGCGGCGAUCGAGCGAUAAGGAAGGAAGCCCGAACGAUGGAAAAGCUUGCAAGGUGUCUCGUGAUGACGAGGAAUCGUUCAACGACAUCAGUUUCUCGUUUCAUGCCGAGAAAGGUGAGGGAAAGAAAUCGAGCGAGGAUGAAAACCAGACGACGUUGAACGACAGCAACGGAGGAUACGUGAACCGCGGUUUCAUAGGCUCGACGAACGAUCCCGACUCGUUGGAUUUCUACCUGAGACGAUCGAUCGGCACGGAAGUGACACUGGAGCAGCUGGAUUGCAUCGAUUCCGGGAUAAACAGCGUGGAAACGAUCGAGUUCCAACCGGAUCAGGAGCCGAGCCUGGAGCAAUCCUUGUUGAAGAUCAUCGACGAGAAGCUCGGUAGAACGGCCCUGAGGAGCAGUUGGGAGGACUUGAGCACAGGUGGCCAAGGGAACGAUGCUCAGGGCCAGCCGACAAAGAGAACGGACGGAAUGGUGAUUCCGAGAAGUGGCGAGCAGCUGAGCAACGAUCGAGGCACAGAAAGAUCGGAGGUCACCGGGAAGAAUGAUGCGGAAAGGAGCGAGCCUGAGGAUUCGAGCGUUCAAACCGCCGGAGGAAUCGAUAUCUCGACGGAUAAUCUCGAAAGCGCCGUGCCCGCGGUGGAUCUGAAGGAGCUAGAGGAAACUGUUAACGAGCCCAGUUUCGAGAAACUGCGGCUGGAAUUCAAGGACAACAGCAACGAGUCGUCCUUCAGGACCAAAAAGGGUAACGCGAUCACGAAGCUGCGGGAAAAGUUCUACACGAAUCCGGUCGACGAGCCCGACCGGUGUUCUUUGGAAAACAGCAGCUGGAACGAAAAGAUGGGCACUUUCGAGAUGAAGGAGGAAGUCGCGCCUAUUGAACUCGAGGAUUACAGGAAGAGUUGGCCCAAUAUAGAGGAGAAUCCCACCUCUACCGGUUACGAACCCGGUCCUCGAGAUUUGGUCACGUUUCGUAAGAACAGGAAGCCCAUGAUAGUGUUUCUCCAUGGUUUUGGAUCGUCAGCGGAGAUCUUCGAGCAUCAGCUACAAUACUUCUCGGCUUUGGGUUACCCCUGCAUCGCGCCGGAAAUGCUGGGGCACGGAAUGAGCUCUGCGCCUGGUGGCUCCAGGGAUUACCAUUUUAGCAAGCUGCUCAAGGAUUUGGAUACCAUUCUGUGCCAUUAUGCCUUCAAGCCUGGACAGAAGUGCGUCCUGGUUGCGCACAAUUAUGGAUGCAGUUUUGCAGCUGCCUUGGCCUGUAAAUACGACAGUAGUAUCCAUCAGCUAGUCCUGAUAUCAGGAGGUGGUCCAACACCUUUAGCAGCUCCCAGCACCGAAAGCGCCGGCCACUGUUGCCUCAGAGCAAUAUUGGCGCCUUUUUUAAUGUGCGGCCUUCACAGAGAUAUAUUAUAUUCUGCGAGAGGCCGUCAACACCCUUACUGCGGUCCUGAGCCGCCAGAACAAUGGCCCUCGCACAUGAAAUACGUUUUGGACGGAAUGGUCUGGCCGGAAGGAGACUACGUGUUCCAUAGAAGGAUAUGUACGCCGACGCUUCUUAUACAUGGCUUAAGGGACAAUAAAGUGUCGCUCGUGCAGGAUAAUUUUAUAAUUAAGAAAAUUACCAUGAUGAAAGCUUUCCUCGAAGCGAUUCCAACUGCUGGUCAUACUCCUAUGACUGAUUGCCCGGAGCAAAUCAAUCAUAUGAUACACUGUUUUAUAGACUUAUGGAAGAACAAGAAAUGGUAG